AUUGUAUGCAUUUGAACCCAGAAUGCGGUCGAACAAUGCAGGAGCCGAACGGCGCUCUCGAGUCACCCGAUUAUCCCAAGUCUUCGCCGCCGCCCGAAGGAGAGCACUGCGAGUGGAGAAUCACUGCCACACACGGGGAGAAGAUUGUACUCAACGUAACCGAUCUCGAUGUCUAUGAGUCGGACAAUUGUGAGACCGACUUCUUGGAGAUCAGAGACGGCUAUUGGCCUAAGUCUCCACUUUUAGGAAGAUUUUGCGGGUCUGGCAAAGCGCCCACUACUUUAAUGACUACGGGUUACAGAAUGCUUGUUAUUUAUAAGUCUUCACCCAAUCAACACAGCCAUCGAGGCUUUAAAGCCAACUAUGAAGCUCUCUGCGGCGGUGACAUCAACGCAGAAGAGGGCACUCUUCAGAGUCCAAACUAUCCGGAAGACUAUCGGCCGAACAAAGAGUGCAUUUGGAAGAUAACGGUUCCCGAGAACUUUCAGGUGGCGCUCAAGUUUCAGUCGUUUGAGAUCGAGAACCACGACAACUGUGUAUACGAUUACUUGGAGGUGCGCGACGGCCACCACAUGAAUAGUCCCCUUUUGGGCAAAUUCUGUGGCUAUAAAAUGCCGGAAGCCGUUCGCUCCAACUCUAACAAACUGCUCGUUAAGUUUAUGUCCGACAACUCCGUCCAAAAGGCAGGCUUUUCGGCCAAUUUUAUCAAAGAGUUUGACGAGUGCUCCGAUUCAGACCACGGCUGUGAACACGAAUGCGUCAAUACGUUAGGCGGCUAUCGAUGCGAGUGUCGGAUAGGCUUUGAAUUGCAUUCGGACGGCAAGAAGUGUGAGGACGCCUGCGGAGGACUCAUUGAUACCACGAAUGGCACGAUUGUUAGCCCGUCGUUCCCAGACCUGUACCCGCCCAACAAGAACUGCAUUUGGGAGAUAAUAGCGCCGCAAAGCUUCCGGAUUACACUUAAUUUCACUCAUUUUGAUUUAGAAGGAAAUAAUCAAGAUUGCGAAUACGACAGCGUAGACAUCAAAAGCAAAUUAGGAGACAAUGAUUUCAGAAAACACGGCGCUUUCUGCAGCUCUCGCAUACCGCCGAUGAUUACGUCUGUCGGACACAGUCUUCGCAUAGAAUUCAAUUCAGACAAUUCGGUCCAAAAAAGUGGAUUUAGCGCUAACUUCUUCACUGACAAAGACGAGUGUGCGGUGAACAACGGCGGCUGUCAACACAUCUGCAAGAACACGAUCGGCUCGUAUUCGUGCAUUUGUCACAACGGAUUCGUAUUGCAUGAGAACAAACACGACUGCAAAGAAGGCUCGUGUACUCAUCACAUAACCGCACCCAACGGCGAACUCCACUCUCCCAACUAUCCCGACCCCUAUCCCAGCCGUAAAGACUGCACGUGGCUCUUGACCACAACGCCCGGCCAUCGGAUCAAACUGUUGUUCACGGAGUUCGAGCUCGAGCCCCAUCAGGAGUGCGCUUACGAUCACAUCAUUGUAUACGACGGCGACUCUACCGAAGCGUCCACUUUGGGCCGCUUCUGCGGCAGUAAAACACCGCACACUUUGCUGUCGGCGCUCAACAAAAUGUUUAUGAUUUUCAAAUCAGACGCUUCCGUCCAACGCAAGGGUUUCAAAGGCAGUCAUUCCACAGUAUGUGGCGGACGACUGAUGGCUAACAUGGGUUUAGAGCACAUAUACUCGCACUCGAAGUUCGGGGACUUUAAUUACGAUAAGAAGGAAGACUGCGAUUGGGUUAUUGAAGCGCCGGAAGGCAAACGCGUUAGACUUCGGUUUGUGACCUUUGAAGUGGAACACGAGGCCGACUGUUCCUAUGAUUACGUCGAGGUUUACGACGGUUACGACGACUCCGCACACAAUUUGGGCCGUUAUUGUGGAAACAAAAUACCUCCGGAUUUCUUGUCGACGAGCGAAGCGCUGUUGCUUCGGUUCCGUUCGGACGACACGAUUCACAACAAGGGUUUCGCGGUUUCCUAUUCAGCAUUGGAUGCCAACGAAGACGAGCAGAUAAUCAAUGUUGAAAAGCCUCAGAAACAUCGAACAGCACUUCCCGUCUAUCGUCACCGACACAGACAUAUACGUCGGCACAACUGAAACACACAAAACCAAUUAAUGGACAUUUUUAUGGGACAUUGUUUUUAAUGACCCGUUUUUACCCACAAAACAAAAUUAGUGCCAUAUUUUAAAGCAUUGUAUUUAAGACAUAUAACAUUUGAAACUUCUCUCUUACUUUUAUUUGCGUGAAUAUCAAUCACCCGAUUCUCCGGCAAUACUCUGUGAUAUUGCUUGCGAUCUCAUCCCUUAUACUCUGCGAUUGCCAUCAAUUUACUCUUUCAGUUACUAUUUUACGAUUAUUUUACAGAUAUUUACUCUUUUACUUAUAAUUAUUAUUAUAAAUGAUUCUGUAAUUAAUUUUUAUUUAUGUUUAGUUUUAAUAUUUUAUAAUUUGUGCCAAAAAUCAACAACAUUUACAUGCGAUAAAAC